GCCCCGCCGGGCCUCCGGGUCCAUAGCUGCGGGGACCAUGGCGCUGAAGCGGAUCCAGAAGGAUUUGUCUUAGUAGUCCUAUGAAAGUGCUCCAUCAUUCAUGCAGCACCAAAGGGAUAUAAACCCCUCCCUGCAGAGUGCUAAUGGAGUCACUGAAAGCACAGCACAGAGAUGGAAGCAGAAAGAACUGACCGACUUGCAGAGGGAUCCUCCUGCCCAGUGUUCUGCAGGACCUGUGGGUGAUGAUUUGUUCCACUGGCAGGCCACCAUCAUGGGCCCGAAUGAAAGUCCUUACCAAGGAGGCGUUUUCUUCCUGACCAUCCACUUUCCUACUGAUUACCCUUUCAAGCCCCCAAAGGUUGCUUUCACGACCAAAAUAUAUCACCCCAAUAUCAACAGCAAUGGCAGCAUAUGCCUGGACAUUCUGCGGUCGCAGUGGUCUCCAGCACUGACUGUGUCCAAAGUUCUCUUGUCCAUCUGCUCUCUGCUGUGCGACCCCAACCCUGAUGAUCCUCUGGUACCAGAAAUAGCCCAUACCUACAAGGCCGACCGAGAGAAGUAUGCGUCCUCUUUGGGUUGCCCUUAUCCUGUGGCUGCCUAGACUCCCAUGGACAUAUUCCUGCCCUA